AUGCCGCAAACUGCUCCACCGUCUCGCUCUGAAGCGCCUCCUGACCGUGGCGAUGAUGCUGAUGAAAGUCUUCUUUCCGCCAGCGAGGGGCGCAUUAGACAACGACGACAAAACUUCUGGCUUCGAAGAAGUGUUUUGAUAGCCUUUUCUUUCUUAUUCAUCGCCUGCACCGUAGCACUGAUUGGCGUAUCUCGGCAUGCAACGGCACAAGAUGGGCUCCCGCUCUCACUGUCUUCGAGCAGCUAUUCAUGGAACUACGGACCUACUGGAGUGCUCGUAGUCAUACUUGCACUUUGGCGACAAGUCGACUUUAAUUGCAGAUCCAUGCAACCAUGGUGGGAAAUGACACACGGACCCUCAACAGCUGAUCGAUCGGUUCUUCUCGACUACAUUUCCCCAUUUCAACCAAUUGCCUGCGUCAGCGCCUUCAAGAACGGUCAUCACGCAGUCUUCAUAUCAACUCUGACCUUUUUUAUUCUCAAGUUCAUCAUUUUUCUUUCCACGACAUUAUUCGUCGUCGAACCAACGUGGCAUUUGGAAUCGAUACCCUUUCGCUAUCAGAACACUUUCAAUACUGAACACAUAUGGAGAUCGCCUGGAGAUGGGAUCCAAGACAUUUCUAGGCAAGGCGAUGCUACAGCGUGGUCGUAUAUGGCGGCGAUCAACAACGCUACAGCAAAGGAUCUAAAUGGUGCGGCAUCAGGGAGCACGGCAUACCAGUCGUUGAGUCCACCAAAGUUUUCAUCAAAUAUCUCAUCGGUUUCGGCCGUCGUUGACGUCUUCGUACCGAGUGUCCGUUGUGGAGAGGCGUCUUUAUCCCUUCCGAAAACUACUUUCACCGAAAAAUCUGCUUUGUACUACAAUAUCAACUCACCGUCCUGCUCUUCCGGCGACUUGGAGUCCAUCUACCUUUCUUGCCAUCCUUCUUGCAAGGAUACAGAACGAUCAUACUCAAUUCACCGAUUAGAUUGCGCAUCGCAUGACGAUCUUGACGACAAGCGCUCCUCAGAAUCAUCUGACCCUAAUAUUCGAUACGCGAUCACAAUAGCAGACCUUUUGAUGACGUCCGAGGAAGAUCAGUACACGAGUGUCAAUAUUGAGAGGGCUUCAUCAACAAUCUGCGAAGUUGGCUACGGUAUGGUCUUGGCGAAUGCAACACUGGACAUCUCAAGCGGCCAAGUUACCCUCAAUGAGAAUCCUGUGCUCGGCGAUUCCCCGCGACGUUUACCAAACAUGACAAACCACGAUCUUGCAAUGAUACUAAUUGCCAACCUCGACGUUGCCUCAGAUACCUUACUAGUAGAUCCGAGCAUUGACGACAAGGCCAAAUCAAAAGAUGCCUUUUCUUUUUUCCAACUACUAGCGGCACAACUAAGGACGACACAGGGCAGUUUGAAUUCUCUUCUACAGCAAUCGCUCUUAGCGAAGCUAUCCGAAGGAGUUUUUGAAGGCAUGUCGAUCGCGUUUGCAAAAAAGGCGUUGCUUCUAGAAGAUUCAGACGGGGAACUUUUCGAAGGUGUCGCAGAAGUUGCCGAAAACCGACUACACCUUCGAAAUUAUACACUGUGGCCCAUGGUAUCCGGAUUUUUUAUUCUCUCUAUCUUCUGCAUUCUUCUUUGCUUUAUGAUUCCCACUGGCGGAGAUCAGCUUAAUGUUGAGGGGUCCAUCGCAUCAUGUGCGUCAUUGCUCGCAAAUAGCCCUUCUUUGCUUGCUGUUUUAAAAGAUACUGGCCAUUUCCGAAGCAACCAGUUGAGGAGAAAGCUAGAGGAUUUGCAUUUCAUUGUGAGCCACUCCAGAGAUGGGCCACGGAUUGAAGCCUUUGGCAGCACUCGCGAGGUGCUUUCGCCCCUCGGCCAGCGCAAGAAACGACCAUGGCUGCCUCUCCCUGCCAAGCUGCCAAUGGUGCUUUUGAGUUUUCUUUUGCCCUUUCUCGUGAUCGUACUUCUCGAGAUUCUUCAACACCUCUCGGACAUGCGGCAAGGCUUGUUGGACCUCGAUAGCAGCAGCUCAGCUACUCUUUCUUACGCGGUCCGCCUAGUCUCUACCCUGCUUGCUUUUCUCGUUGCUACUUUGUUCAACAACUUGGACUUUACAAUUGCGGUACUUAACCCAUUCGGUUUUCUCCGCUCGGGUAGCGUUCCCGCCGACCGGAGCAUACUGUUCCAUCUUCUUGGGGUGUCGCCUUUUCUCAUUUUAUUCAACACUUUCCGCCUACGACACUUCGGAUCAGCAGCAAGCAACUUCUCUACACUCUUAGCCAGUUUCUUGACUAUUGUUGUCUCCGGACUAUGGGUCAUGGGCAGUCCGGUGCAGACCUUGUCCGUGACUUCAGCAAUGGUUGAGGAUUGGGACGCGAGUUGGCUCACCAACAAUCACGAUGACCAAAGAGCUUCAAUUACACUUAAUAUCGUCCGUCAUGGAGGCGCCAGCACAACAAGUUCUAUACAAGGCUACGAUGUGCUCCCAAAAAUAUCUUUAGGAUCAACCGCAUACCUCGACAGAGCCAACAAUACGUAUGAGUCAACAGUGCUUCGGCCAGUCUUAGAUUGCAAGCCUGUGCCUCAAGAAGAAAUCAUAUUUGCACCAAUGACUCGAAGGAUACAAGCAGGGAAGAUUGGCCAUUGGAUAACGGUUGCCGGCGCAACCGUUACAUUCAACCAGACCGUUCCCUUUGGCUGUUCUCCCAAAGCCAGUCAACGGGGGAGCACCAGGGACUUAGUUGGAGACUGCCCCUCGGUUGCUAUCCUGUUCGGCAAAUUCGAGGUUACGGAUGGUCUCCUUGUAAGAAACAACUUGACCGCCUUAUUCUGUUCUCAGAAAAUUGAAGAGAUUCCAGCGACAAUCACCUACCGAGGCAACCCUACCAACUUCGACCUUGAUAAUAUCAAGAUCCACUCAGAGAAGACGAAGCAUUGGGUCAACGGUACAUCGAAUUCGACGAAUCUGGCGUUCAAAAUACAAGGUUUUCUCAACUCAGGCCUAACUAGGUUUCCGGUACCGUGUAAUCAGUCGAAUAAUUGUCCUAACUACUACGAUAACUUCUUCAAUCACAUUCUAUUUGGCCCACAAGGAAUCUCUCCAACCGACAUACUCGGUUCAUCGAAUACUGGCUCGCUUAGUGAGGCUGUCACUCAUUCCUUGAAAGAGUACUUUGCACAAGUUGUAGACUUGAACUUCCGGUCAAGAGACUCCGAGACGUCGGUGCAGGGCACAUCAUUACAGACGACAACCCGUCUCGCAAUCCAUAAGGUCUCCAAAAUCAUACUUCAGUCUUUACUAGCAGCAACAACCGUUCUCAGCUUCGUGGGAUACAGUUUAGUCAAGAUACGGGGCACUUUACCCCGGAACCCUUGCAGCAUAGCUAGCACUAUGGGGUUUCUUGCCGACUCGCAGCUUUGCGAUCCCAAAACUGGCAUAUUGCCAAAAGAUGCCAGCCUUAUGACUGAGCAGGAGCUAACGAAAAGCCUGCAUGGUUUCUUUUCAGCCUGGGCUGGUGGGAACGUUCGAGGGACAGCGAGGCUAGCAGGCCCACAAGUCCUUCUGGGGAAGAGAGCAGUGACGUGGAUGCUGGAGAUGAACAGGAGGUUUCUAAGGGCACCUAUUUCGGUAUCGACGUUGGGCACGCGAAUGAUUAGGGGUUUUCUAAGAAGGAGCGAUGAGGCAAGGGGCACGGUGUUCCAGGGGGCUUUACUUCCAAAAAUUCGAUGA